AUCUAAAUUUCGCCUGUUGCAAACAUUUUCAUUUUUUUGUUGCAAUAAACAUGGUCUUAGCAAUUUUCAUGUUUGAGUAAAUAUUUUAAACUCUUCUUUUAUAAUUUUAGCAAUAGACAACCCAAGUAACAAUUGUAUUUGUGGUUUUUCUGAUACGUUGCAUUCAUUAAUUAGGUUCUCUUGAGUAACUCGUAGUUUCCGUCAAAGAUAAUCCUGCAUUCGCAAAGAUGAUUAUCGGUGUUUUUAAAAUGGUGUUACUUAUUUACUUUUCAACAAAAAUAACUGGCUUGGAUAUACUACUAAACGCAACCUAUUAUUGUUAUAUAGAAGAUGUUGACAUCGGCAAAAUCAAUCAUUUUUGUUAUGAAAAUAGCGAAGGAAAUAAUAAUCAAUUGGUAGAAGGACACAAUAAAACUCACGUAUGGUUUUUUCUUAAUAACCAACAAUGUAUUACAAAAAAGGAUCAUUUUAUUCAAAAUGCUGAAUGCGAAUAUUAUCCAUACCAAGAUAGGGUUGUUGCAUUACCACCAUCUUGUGGAAUUGAUGUUUAUGGGAAACCCAUCAAAUGUUCCGACUAUUUUAAUUGAUAACAAGUAUCUUACACUUUAUAAAUUUUAA